AUGGUACCUGUGUCCCAAGGAGCUAGAGAGAAACCACAGCUGCAGCAAGGAACAGCCCUCCCCGUUGUACCCACUGCCUGCCCCACCUGCAACCCGGAAGCCCAGGUGGAGGGCAGCAGAUGGAGGUGCGAUCCUAGGCUCUUCACAGUUGGCAUCCAGAGCGGGAACUGGGACCGCGACUCAGGAGAGCAUCGAGGGGUGGGUGAGGGGCCUCUCCCCCUCCAGACUGGCCCCCCUUGCUGUGCCCAUGCCAGCUCCUUAACACUGCUGAGCAGGGCCGGCCCUGGCAUUCAGGGAAGCUGGAGUGGGGGCCCCCAGGGCGAUCAGCCCCAGCCCCACCCCGACCACAUGCUCAGUCACUGGGCUCCUCCGGGAGGGAGGAAGUCUGUGUGA